AUGCAGAAAAUCGAUCUUGCUGCCCCCCAGUCAAUCCUCUCCCCUGCGAUUGCUGACCCCGCGAAAAUCACCCCAAACAGCCACAACCCCCGCGCCACUUUACCUUAUCCUUGCGUCCCCGCAACUGACCCACCUUCUCUGCCCCCUGGCACCCUUCUUUCCCUUCCGCAGCCCCCACCCUUUUCCCCCAUGGCCUCGCCCUCGUCGCCCUCGUCGCCCUCGGCCUCCAUCGGCUCGGCCCCGGACCCGGAUCACCCUGACAAUGCCCGUCCGCGUUCGCGCUCCUUCUUCCAACGCCGGACCUCCGUCCGCGAGGCCGACGAAGCCGAUGCGGGGGGCAAGGGCGCCCGCCUCAUUCGCCUCAACGACUUCAAAGCGAAUGCCGAGCGCGCUUUCAUCUCCAACCAGCUUCGUACCGCAAAGUACACCCCCUUCAACAUGAUCCCCAAGGCCCUCUACGAACAAUUCAAACGCGUCUCCAAUUUCUACUUCCUUGUCAUUGCCUGUAUCUCCUUCAUUCCUAACAUCUCCCCAAGCACCCCACUUGCAAGCGUCCUCCCCCUUUUCGUCGUUGUCGGCUUCGGUUUUGCGAGAGACAUCUUCGAGGACAUCAAGCGCGCAAACGAUGAUCGUCGCCAAAACAGCGAGGAAAGGCUUAUCAUGGCCCGCGUCCCGGAAAGCAUCGAGACGAAGAAGCAGCUCUCCUUGGUCACAUCAGAGACUGCCCAUACGCUGCAAGCCGCCCAUCUGGAGCCUGACUUGCAUCGCACUGUCGCUUCAAGAGACAUUGCCGUUGGUGACAUCGUUCUCGUGCGCAAAGGAGAGGUUUUUCCGUGCGACCUCGUCCUCUUGCAUUCCGCUUUAGAAGGCGGUAUUGCCUAUGUGUCUACAGCAAACUUGGAUGGUGAGUCCAAUCUAAAGCGCGUCAUCGUCGCCUCAGCUACCGCUGAGAUCGAACAUGCUUCUCAGCUUCCUGCCGUCAAUGGCAAGAUCAGAGCUCAAAGCCCUUCCACUGCUCUGCACGAGUUUGAAGCCUCCAUUGAACUCAGCGGCGAGGGCCCCGUCCCGCUCGGCCCGUCGUCGUUGCUGCUCAGAGGAAGUAUCUUGAGAAACACCGAGUACAUUUAUGGUAUUGCUGUGUACACUGGAUUUGAUACUAAAGUUGCACUAAACAUGCGCAACCCCCCAAGCAAAAUGGGUUCCGUUGAGCGCAAACUUAACUGGGUCGUCCUUAUGUUGUUUAUUGCCCUCGCUACCCUCGUCAUCACAGGCGCAAUUGUCGCUGGAGUCUUACAAAACAGGGAUGGUGCCGGCCAGUGGUACAUGGGGGAGAAUGCUUUGACAUCUGGUGGCAAAGUCACCUCCCAAAGCCUGGGCACGUUUCUCAUUUUGUUUUCUACCUUUAUCCCGGUUUCGCUUUUCGUGACCUUAGAAUUUAUUCGGGUUCUCCAAGCACUAUUCAUGUCUGCUGAUUUCCGGAUGAGAACUGGACGGCAGAAGGUCUUGGCAAGAGCGACCAAUCUGAAUGAAAUGCUCGGCGAGGUCGAGCACGUCCUCAGCGACAAAACGGGCACGCUCACAGAGAACAUAAUGCGUUACAUCGCCUGCUCGGCUGGCGGACAGUUGUACAAUAUUCUCAAGAAGAAAAGAGCCAUGCAUCGCGCUGUCAAAGAUGGUGUCGAGCCUGUGAAGCAACUUUUGCUAGUAAUGGCUCUCUGUCACAGCGUCGUGCCAGAACCCAAGGAUGAGACGCAGUCUGACAACUCCUCUGGAGACUCAGGCAGAAAGAAGAGUAAGAAACGCACUAAUCCGGAUCUGGGGGACAAGACGGCUGUGCUAGAUGGAAACAGCUCAGAAGAGGCACUUCCAGAAUAUCAAGGUCAGAGUCCGGAUGAGGUUGCAUUAGUUACAUCGGCGAGAGAAUACGGGAUCACUCUUAUGACGCGAACCCUUGACACACUCGUUAUUGAUCGCUUUGGAACGAAAGAAACUUACACGACUUUGGCGGAACUGGAGUUCAAUUCAGACCGCAAGAGAAUGAGCAUGAUUCUCAGGUGUCCUGACGGGAAAAUUAAAAUGUUCACCAAGGGUGCUGAUACGAUCAUGCUGAAGUUGCUAAACAAAGACGCGAACAUAGAAUUGAUUCAGAAUCAUAUUGACGAGUUUGCGAAGGAAGGUCUACGAACACUUGUGUUUGCAAUGAAAGAUUUGGAGGAGAAGGACUUCCAAACUUGGUUUGAACGGUUCCAAGAGGCGCAAAAUUCUUUGGAGGACAGGGAAGGGAAGACUUCAAAGAUUAGCGCUGAACUCGAGGAGGAUUUGAUGUAUGUCGCCACGACUGCUGUAGAGGAUAAGUUGCAAGACAAAGUGCCCGAGACGAUCAAGUUUCUGCGCGAAGCAGGGAUUAAACUGUGGGUGUUGACUGGUGACAAGAGAGAAACGGCUGAAAACAUUGGAUAUUCAGCGAACUUGCUUGAUAGGAACAUGGAAGUGGUGCAUAUUGCAGGAAGCUCAUCCGCGGAGGUGCAAAGACAACUUAAUGACACUCUCGACCGUCAUGUGUUGGAUGCGCAAACUCCACAGCGACGGGCGAGCUUCAGCGCAAUAGCUGAGUUGCCUCGUCGGCUGUCCAUGCGUCAGAAGAAAAAAGUGGAAGAAAAAGAGCUUGGUGUGAUCAUUGACGGGGCUUCUCUGCACCACGCGAUUGAGGAUCAUUCAGAUGUAUUCAUGGCGUUGUCCGAUCAUACGAAGGUUGUGAUCUGCUGUCGUGUGACGCCGCUACAGAAGGCACUAGUGGUACGAUUAGUGCGGGAAAAGAGAAAAGCGAUGACUUUGGCUAUUGGAGAUGGUGGAAACGACGUGUCGAUGAUCCAAGAAGCGCACAUUGGUGUGGGUAUAUUUGGAAAGGAAGGAACUCAGGCGGCGCGAACGGCAGAUUAUGCGAUGGGUGAAUUUAAACAUCUACUGAGACUGACUGCGGUGCAUGGGCACUAUUCUGGAGUGCGUACUGCGGGAAUGAUCAACUUGAGUUUUUACAAGAAUAUUUUCUUUACAAUGACACAGGUGUUCUUCCAGGCUUUCUGCUUUGUUUCCGGAACGACGUUCAACAACCAAUGGAUUUCAUCUGGGUUCAACGUUGUAGUGACAUCAGCUUCUCCCUUCCUGUACGGGAUUUUCGAGAGAGAUUUGGACGAGGAAACUAUUCUGCGAUUCCCGUCGGUGUACGCGACGAACCGGGACAAGCAGCUGUUUUCGAUUCGAACGGUGCUCGAGUACACGAUGCUGUACGGUCUGUGGCAUGCAGUGAUUGUAUUUUUCGGGGUGUACUUGAUCUUUGGAUACUUGUCGAUUGGAUUCCGAGAUGGACUUGACAGCGGAAUGGUGUUGACAGGGUUUGUGAACUCGACGCUAGCGAUGUUGAUGGUACUGUUCAAGAUACUGUUGGACUCUCACACGCUCAACUGGAUUGUGUUGUUGCUGAUGGUGCUUUCUGUGGGUGUGUACAUACUGGUGAUCCCGCUGGCGAUCAACGUUGCAAAGGACUACUCGCUGGAAGGGCAACUUGAAAUGCUGUUUUCUUCGCCCUUAAUGUACCUGACGGUGUUUGUGAUUGUAGUGGCGUCAUUCUUCUUGGACUUUGUGGUGCUGACGGCGCGGCAGCUUUUGUUCCCCAACAUUGUUGAUCGACUGCGGUGUUGGGAACAGGACGAACGGCGCCUGUCCAAGGCGUCGAAAGAAUCAUAG